AUGAACCCGCCUGUACGUAGCCAAAGACACACACCGACACACGCGCACACACCCAAUGGAACCGGCAGCCGGUGGAGGGCAGCAGGCGAGACGGCGACCUGCCGGCCUCAUCGGCCUCCACGCGCUCCUCUGCUUAUCGCUGCUCCUCAACGCGCUCCUCCUCGCGCACCACUUCCUUCCGCCGUCGCGGUUGCUCGGACACGACGGCGGAGGCAGCAGCGGCUGCGGGCUGAGCUGGGCGCUGCGGGCGGCCAGGGAGGCCGAGGCGGCGGCCGCCGUCGACUGCUCGGGCCACGGGCAGGUGUUCCUGGAUGGCGUCGCCGGCGAGGACGGGCGGCCCGGCUGCGAGUGCAACGCCUGCUUCGCCGGGCCGGACUGCUCCCUACGCACCCCCGACUGCACCGCCGACGCCAACAGCGGGAACCCGCUGUUCCUGGAGCCGUACUGGCGGCGCCACGCGUCCGCCGGCGCCGUGGUGGUCUCCGGGUGGCACCGCAUGAGCUACACCACCACCGACGGCCACGGCCUGUUCCAGUCCGUCGAGCUCGAGCGCCAGAUCCGGCGCCUGCACAGCGCCGUCGGCAACGCCGUCGUCGACGACAAGCACGUGGUCUUCGCCGCCGGCUCCAUACAGCUCAUCAACGCGCUCGUGCACGCGCUCUCCCCGGACGCCGACGCCGCCUCGCCACCGGCCCGCGUGGUCGCCACCGCGCCUUAUUACCCGACUUACAGAACACAGACGAAGAUGUUCGACGGCCGCGAGUACAUAUGGGGCGGGACCACGGCUCUGUGGGGCAACGCGUCGCGGAACUCCACCGAUGGCUUCAUCGAGUUCGUCACGUCGCCCAACAACCCGGACGCCCAGCUCUACAAGCCCGUCCUCGGCGGCUCGGCCGCGGUGAUCGUCGACCACGCCUACUACUGGCCGCACUUCACGCACAUCCCGGCGCCGGCCGACGAGGAUGUCAUGAUGUUCACCAUGUCCAAGCCCUCCGGGCACGCCGGCAGCAGAUUCGGGUGGGCGCUGAUCAGGGACCAGGACGUGGCCAAGAGGGCAAACAAGUACGUGCAGGACAGCAUCAUGGGCGCGUCCCGGGACACCCAGCUGCGGAUGCUGGGGAUCGUCAAGGUCAUGCUCGCCAACCUGCACGGCGAGGAGGACAUCUUCGCCUUCGGGCACGGCGUGAUGAGGACCAGGUGGCGCAGGCUCAACGCCGUCGUGUCGCGCUCCCGCCGCAUCUCCCUCCAGAAGAUGGCACCCGCGUACUGCACCUACUUCAAGCGGAUCAGAGACCCAUCGCCGGCCUACGCGUGGGUGAAGUGCGAGAGGGAGGAAGACGAAGACUGCCAUGAGGCCAUGCUGAAGGCGAAGAUCAACACGCGUCCCGGCGUCUUAAACGAGGCUAGCAGCAGGUACACGAGGAUCAGCCUCCUCAAGUCGGAUGAUGACUUCGAAGCGCUCAUGGAGAGGGUCACGGAUCUUGUCAAUGCCGAGAGGUACGACGCUCCCGGUUUCAGCUCUAUGUGACGGUAAUAGCCACUGAAGUUCAUUGGUCCGAUAAGGCAAGUACUAUACCGGGGCGAUCAAAUCCGAGCUGUUGUUUCUCGUGAUAUAAGCUGCUGAGUAUUGGUACAGCACAAGUUCUCAACGGGCAUGAUAAGAUACUGGAAAUCAUCAGCUAGGCGUUGAUGAUUAUUCUACAAAAUCACUUGAACGGUCAACUAGAAGUUGGGUGUUUCUUUUUUUAAAAAGGGAAAAAGUUGAUUGUUUCUCAGCGUGAGCUGGCGGGAAUAGUUGGGCAUGACUGGAAAAAAUUAUACAAGAGAUGAUCAGCUACGGGUUGAUUGCUCUCACUGCGCAGAUCAUUAUGUAGUGUAAGUAUAUAGGAAAGAAAAUGUGCAUUGUGUGUAUGGAAUAGGUCAAUAGUAAUUGAAUGGACACUAUGUACUGCAACAAUGUAAUAGCUUCUCCAUCAACGCAUGUGCAACUGCUUGAGGUA